AUGAAACUCCUCAAAUGCCUAGUCCUCGGCAUCGUACUUCAACACGCCUCAGCAACAGUCGGCUUCACAACCUACAAGGAGAUCGAUGAAGGAGCAGACAAUUCCGGCACAAUACUAUAUUCGGAUCUAUUCAACCGAUCUAGCACUUUAUUCCUCUAUAUUCAAAUAACCCCCGAUGGGGCGGAACACACUGAUAUUAUCAACGACUUCAAGACUCUAGCUCAAAAUUACGGCCAACAUGGAGUUUCAGUGAUUCCUCGAGUACGCUAUGGAUGGCCAAACGGGACGAUUGCAACCGAGCCAGAGGAAAGCAUUCUCAUGGAUGAUGUCUCGACAUUUGCUAGUAUAUUUACGGAUGUUACAGGAACAAUCAAUAUCCCCGUUAUUCAAGCUGGAUACUGCCAAUCUCACGGCUCAGCAGAUACACCAGAAGACCUCGCCAUCAAGAUCAAGAUCGUCAACACUCUGCUCUCAACAAGCCACAAAGUCGCGCUUCGAUAUCCCUCUGACCAUCAGGCUUUAUUCAAUGGUAGCCGCUCCGUGACCCUCCACGACGACUGCAUAUUUGAUGGAGGCUUCAACGGUACUGAUGGUGGUACUUGGCCAUCUGGUGACCGUCAAACCUGGAUUGAUUACAUAGUCCAAGUAGCGGGGAACAAUACCUUUGGCGGAGAGGGAUGCAACGAUGCUGGUGAUGCGAUGUUUGAUUGGUCUGAUUAUACUGCUCUGUGUGGCGGUGAAGGUAUUGCUGCGUAUAUCAAUACUCUGCAGAUUGCGUAUAUGAAUUACGAUUAUCCACAGCCAUAUGAAGAGCUCAUUGAGGACCCGAGCCAGAGCACCUGUGUGGAUGCAAUCCAGGCAGCUUUAGAGUCGUGGAAUUGA